AGCGGCCCGCUAGCGUUCGGGCGUUCGGCCGAUUGCUAACUGCAUUGAGGCUCUGGUUCUGAGCACGACGUUGCUUGUCGUCACUCAUAUAUUGUUGAUAUGCAUUGAACGCGCUCUGAUAAAAGCGCCUACACACAGGCCAGGUAUCACUUCACUCACUGGCUUACUUAAACUCAUGUCGCUCACUCAGCCUCUCUGUUCGACGCCUGCACCUGAGACUCAGUGUGCCACAAAGCUGCUUCUACAGUAGCUUGAGAGCAGCGUUGAAGGAAAAGGGCUUGCGGCCCUGUCUUCAGUGGACGCCCCUGCAAUGCGAACACAAAAGGCGCCCAGGUGUUUACGGCUCCAUGAUAUAUGGAAAGGAGUAUUAUCGGAUGUCAUGGCCACGCUUCGUGUGGUGCGGGAGCACCCCUCCAUCGCCCUCGUCCCCCUCAUCGCCCUUGGACUCAUCCUGGGCGUGGGCAUAUGGGGCAUACAACGCGUGGCGGUUGUGGCUACGGACAGCGCAAAGGACCGAGCGAGCGCGCUGGCCAUCGACACGGCUGGGUGGUACAGGCAGCAGCUGAGCAGCGCCAGCAGCAGUGUGGUGUUGAUGGCUGACAUGGUGGUGCACGCGCGCGGCCAGUACGCGGCGGUGCAGGAGCUGUUUGGGGGACUGGCGCCGUCAGUGCUCUCGCAGGCCGGGCCGAACAUCACGAAGAUGCUCCAAUUCGUUCCCAACGGCGUUGUCCGCGACAUCUACCCGCUCACCGGCAACAACGCCGGCGUCGCGGGCUUCAACUUGUUCGGUGCGCCUGGCGACCGGGACGGCGCGGUGGCGACUGUGCGCGAGCAGUCCAUGACUCUGGUGGGGCCACUCAAAUUCUACGAGGGCGGCUACGGAGUCAUCGUGCGAGUGCCGGUGUUCGUGCCAGGCGUCGACGCAAAUGAGACGUUUGGUCUGCCCGACCCGCUGGACCCCUACUGCGGCGGCCCCUGCGCCUACAACGCCACCACCCGGACGGCCUUCUGGGGCUUUUCCGCCGGCGUGAUUGACCUUGAGGCCAUCAACGCCAUGCCCGACUCCAAGCCUCGAAUGCUGCAAUCCAUGGGCCACCGCUACGAGAUACGCGCGAUGGGCAUCGCGGACGCAGGCCUUCGCGUGGUGGCGGCCAGCGACCGGCCCCCUGUGGACCCGGUCGAGGCCAUCAUCAGCCUGCCCAACAACCAGUGGGUGGUGCGGGUGGCGCCCGACGAAGGCUGGACCCACGCCUCAUACGACGGCCUCUUGGCGGGGGUGGUGUUGGUGGCGGUGUUGGUGGCGGCGCUGCUGUUCGCGGCGCUGCUGUCGAGGCACCGCCACCAGGACCUGCUUGAGGCUCUGCUGCCCAAAGAGAUCAUCCGCGACCUGCACAGCAACCAGCACAGCCUGCUGGGCAGCCGCCUGCUGAACGCAGAGACUACCGCGGACAUGCUUCUGGGCCUGCUGGGUCAGCUGCUUGAGAACCAGAUGCCCAGCCUGCGCGAUGUGGUGUACUGCCGCCAGGCCAUCAUCCGCCGCACUGAGAUCUACGCGCCCAUCGCGCUGGGGCAGCACAUCCGCAACGCAAAGCUGGACGCCGACGUAACGCGGCUGCUGAUGCACCAGCUGGGCGGCACCAGCGGCUCCGGCUCCGGCUCCGACCUGCAGCUGGGUGCGGAGGCGGCGGACUCCUCCCCCGCGGCGCGGGCGGCAGCAGCCGACGACUCCGACCUGGCAGCGGCCCUGGCGGCGGCGCGGCUGCAGCAGCACCUGGAUAGCCUGCCUGAGGGGGACGAGCUGGUGGCCGGCAUGACGGCGCCGGGCAGCGGCACAGGCCGCCGCAUAGGCCGCGUUACGGAGCUAGCGCCCCGCCGCGGCAGCCACCUGGUCGUGGAUGCGGACUUUGACAGCGUGCAAGGCGCCCUGGCUGCCAUCCUGGCGCCGCAGCUAGGCUGGCUGGACGCCGGACCCGACGACCUGGAUGCGGCGUCGGACGCGGCGCUACCCACACUGGACAACGAGGCGCGCGCUCCGGGCGAGGUCCAGCGAGGUGGCGGCGGCUUCGCCGGCUGCGCCAGUGAUGCGGCGUUGCAGUCCACGGGCGGACUGGGCGCCGCCACCACCACCACUGGCACCGGCGGCACGAGCAGCAUGUUCAGUGGGGCCUUAUCCCUCACGCGCGGCACCUCCCUCACCUCCCUCACAUCCAGCGCCGCGCCGCCGCCGCCGCCCGGUACGACCGUCGCCGCGCCGUGCCUCGCCAGCCCCGUACCCAGCGCUGUGGUGCAGCUCCAGCAGCUCCAGCUUCAUCAGCAGCAGCCGGUAGCGGUGGCGGCACAUGUGCUAGAUGUGCCCCCUCCCGUGCCGCCGGCCGCCGGCAGCGGCAGCGGCAGCGGCAGCGGCAGCGAGCUGGGUGUGGGCGGUCAGGUGGAGCUGCCUGGUGCCACCGGGCAGCCGGGAGACCAGGAUGGUGACGACGGGGGGCCCGCGGACGCCACCAUCAUUUCGGCGGCCGCGGCGUCGUCGUCGCUGCUGCUGAUGGAUGACGGCGUCGGCAUGCCGCCGCCGGACACCGCCGUCGCAGCGGCGGCCUCAGGCAUCGCCGCGCCGGUUGCGAUGCCAGCGUCCGCGCCCAACCCCUCCACUCCGCGCUCGGCUGCAGGUCUAGUGGUGCCGGCAGACGAUCUCACGGACGCCGCAGCCGAAUCCACGCUCGGCGCAGGGCUCAGCGCCAGCUACCGCGGCGCAGGCAGCCACUCGCGCUCCACUCGCUCCACGACUGACAUUGGGAUGCGGCUGCUGCCGUCCUGCAAUGGCCGGCCGUCCAUCCAGGGCGGCGGCUCGGCCCGGCCCAGCCUGGCUGGGGCAGGCGGCGGCAGCUCGGCAGGCGCCAACACGGCGUUGAUCGCGGCGCUCACGCGGAAGCAGCUCGCUGUGUCUUCGCCGCCACCGCCACCGCCCGUGAUUGAGGAGGUUGAGAAGGUGCUGGCGGGCGCGGACGGCUGGCAGUUUGACACGUGGCGGCUUCGUGAAGUUACCAACGGCCACCCGCUGUCGGCUCUGGGCUUCUUCCUCAUCCAGCGGGCCGGACUCAUACCGCGCCUCAAACUCAAGCCCGCAGUGCUGGCCAGGCUGCUGCGGCACAUCGAGGCGGGAUAUGUGGACAACCCCUACCACAGCGCCACGCACGCCGCCGACGUGCUGCAGACGCUGCACGUGAUCAUCCACGGCGCGCAGCUGCACGUGCACUACCUGGACCCGCUGGGGCUGUUUGCGGCGUACUGGGCGGCGAUCGUGCAUGACUAUGGCCACCCCGGCCUCACCAAUGACUUCCUCAUCGCCACCUCGGACCCGCUGGCGGUGCGCUACAACGACCGCUCGCCGCUGGAGAACCACCACUCUGCUGCGUCCUUCUCGGCGCUGCGGCGGCCGGGUCUGGACGUCUUGGCACCGCUGAGCACGGAGCAGAAGGGCGCCUUCCGCAAGCAGGUGAUUGAAAUGGUCCUGGCCACGGACAUGAAGCAGCACUUCUCGCUGCUCUCCCACUUCAACACGGUCCACCGCCUUGCCAACUUCAACAAGCCCCCAGCAGCCACGCCUGGCGCUGCAACUCCUGUGGUCCGGCUGGGCAGCAACCUUGCCACCGAGUUUGUGACGACCGCUGCGGGCAGUGUGGAGGACGCACCGCACCCUGCCGACGACACGCAGAGGCUGUUGGGCCUACAGAUUGCCAUCAAGGCCGCCGACAUUGGUCACCUGGGCGAGUCGCACGAGGUGCACAAGCGCUGGCUCUCGGGGCUGGAGGAGGAGUUCUUCCGCCAGGGCGACAAGGAGAGGGAGCUGGGCAUCCCCAUCAGCCCGCUCUUCGACCGCGCCAAGCAGGGCGUGAGCAAGAGCCAAGUGGGGUUCUACGACUUUGUGGCCCUGCCGCUGGUGCACGCGCUUGCGGGCGCGUUCCCCGGGACGCAACCGCUCAAGGCAUCCUUUGAGGCAAAUUACCGCGUGUAUCGGCGCGCAGCGGCUGCCGAAGCAAGCGGAUCAGGAAAGUAGCCAUGAGGAGUGGCGACGGGGGCGAGGCGCCAAGGGGUGCGGGAGCAAGGAGCAGCGCGCACAACAAGCCGCAUGAAAAAGCCGAGCGGCAUCCCCAAGCAGCGGCGUCGUUCCGCUGGCGGGACUGAUCCCUGCUGCUGGUCUUCAUGACCUCCAGACCAUUAUUACUGAUGUCAUGGCACUUACAUUAGCCGCAUUCAAGAUACGACGUAGCCAAAACGCGAAAUUGAGCGUCGUGCUGCGGUGUGCUGUGGUGUGCUGUGCACCUUGGUCUGGGCCGCGGGAAGGUGCUGUGGCCAGGCCGGAGGGCAGUGGAGGCCAGAUGCUUGCGUCUUGUAGCGAGGGCUUGCAGCUUUUGCUUUGCUGUGCCGCCUGCCGGACCGCACGUCAAAAGGAGCGUUUGUACCACAAAGGACACACGUGUUGAUGUUUAUCAUCAUCAGAGAAUGGUAGCCUGACUCUGGCAUGAGCAUAUGCUGCCCACGCCUAGUGGCAGGUGAGCAUACGGGUUUUAAUAUAAUAUGAAUGGUUGAAGGCGACAGCAGUAUAGUGGGUCCUAAUGCGUGCUGGUCAUUCAUCACGCCACCUGUUGUGGGCUAGGCAAUGGAUGUACGCAUGGCGCACGCACGCAUUGGGGAUCUUUAUCAGUUGCACGCAAAGCGCAUCUUCCAACUCCAUUUACCUCUCUGAUCCACCCUACCAUCGUUUACUAUUUAGUUUACUAUUAACGCAACAGCUAAGCAUGGCGUGCGUUGAGCAACCUUUUGUUCAGGGUGCUGUGAUGCACGACGUUGAUGAGGGCAUUAUUCAUUAUGGGCACCUCUCGGCAACAGGUCCUGAUUGUUACGCUGCCACUGUUGCUUCUGUCAUCGUCAUGAUGAGUUGGUGGAAUGAAGGCAGGGCCGGACAUGCGCGCAGUGUGGCUGGGUUUGAUGCAUGAUGCGUGCAUUGCUGCAAGGCACCAAUGGAAUUGGACAGGCAUGCUUAUGAUGUGCCCGGAGCUGCAAGGUCUUGCGUCAUCCGAGGGUGUGAUGGGAACCGGUCAGGUAAGGGCCCUGGGGUUGACAAUGCGCACAGCAUCAUACGGUGCGAGUGCGCAGGUUGUGAGGGAUGAGUCUUGCUGGAGCCGGCAUUUCGAACGUGACAAGGACGGUGUAUGUAGUAAAUGGUACAUCCUCAGCGUAAUGUUUGAAUGUCUAGCAUGAAAGGGUGUGCCAUCUGGGGAGGUCCAUAUGCUUUCUUUGGAGCUUGCAAGCACGUUAGGACUGCCAUCCGCCGUGCUUAGCCUGUCUUUUCGUGUCUGCGAGCGCCACGUAAUAUUACUUGCUCGGCAGCGCACGCGCCAGGGUUGGUGGCUUGAUGCCCACUCUGGUCAAGAGUUAUGCAUUGCAGGUACGUACUUGCCGCCCCGGAGAGAACUCACAUGCACUCAUGCUCAGUAUGCCUCUGAAAGAUGUGAGGUUGCAGGGGCAGGACAGCCCUGCUGGGCAGUCAAUGUACGCCAUUUCUUGAUGACGACGGCGUUGCGGUGUAUGGUUGCGAUGUUACAAGCGGGGACAAUCCGCGUGUGCAAACACACAGAGGCCUUCGAAACAGCAGUGUUAUGAAGUUGGGUUGCCAACAUUGAGACCAUGUAGGCCACUAUGCGGGGAGUCCGUCAGCCAGGCCACAGGACACAGCCGCUGUGGCGCUGUCCGUCGCAGGCGAUCCAGGCGAGUUUAAGCUGCAGUUGGAGCUUGGGUUGAGGCUGAUAGUGCUUUGGCUAGGUCGUACCCUUUACUCCGGCGUCUGGUGCUGCUGGGAACAGGGCAUGCAGGGUAGGAGAGUCUUGCACUCUUGGUUACAGAUGGUUACAUGAGGGACUCGCUGACGUAAGUUCGCUCGUGUAACGAAGGGAGUAC